AUCAACAUUUUAAGAAAGUAGAACUAAAUUCAAAUCUCAUGAACUAAAGUUGUAUUCUAAUCUGGAAAACAGAGGUCAUCUACCUUGAAAAUUGUCCCUUCCGUACCAAAAACCUUCCACCAAAUUAAAAAGAAAAAUUGGUUCCUCCACUGCUGAACAAGGCCUUCCAAGUUUGGCCCACAUACUGCCAACAGCGAUCAUGACCAUUACUGUAUCUAAAUUCAAGCUCUCACUCAAUCCCAUUUCCUCUUUUUUUUCUUUUUUUUUUUCCUUUCUUAUUCUGAUUGCAUGGCCAAGAUUCUCUCUUCUUGUCAUCAUCUUCUUCCCAACACUCUUGAAUUCAAUACCCAAAAUCAAAGAAACUUUUGGGGUUCUCUCAAUCACACAUAGUGCGUUCUGAGUCUCAUUUCUGCGUUGUAAGCAUUUCAUCACUGCGAAUCUAAGGAUCAAUCUUCUGCUGAAUAGUUUCAAGCAAAGGCUAUGCGGACCAGGAAAGGAAAACGCUCGGAGGCUUUUUGGCCUUCCAUCGUGAUGAAGAAAUGGUUGAAUAUCAAGCCCAAGGUGUAUGAUUUUAGUGAGGAUGAAGUUGAUACUGAAACUGAGAGUGAAGAUGAUGUUUGCUCUCUCAAGAAUGAAAGAGCGCAUAAUCAAGAGGAUCGUGCUUGUAGGACACAAAGGAACUUAUCUACAUGUUCAAGUCGAAUUUCUGACGUUCCUAGUAGUUACCAGCCAAGACACAGACGGGGGAAAUCCGAAACUCUUCGAGUUCAGUACAUAAACACCAAAGAUCUGAGGGUAACAGUAGCUACAUGGAAUGUUGCAGGAAGAAUUCCGGAUGAAGACCUUGAGAUAAACGACUGGCUCUGUACAGAAGACCCCGGAGAUAUUUAUAUUAUAGGUUUCCAAGAAGUAGUCCCUUUAAAUGCGGGGAAUGUGCUGGGAGCAGAGGAUAACAAACCAAUUCCAAAAUGGGAGGCACUCAUUCGAAGAACUCUGAACAAGUCUCCUAAAUCUGAGGAUAAACACAAAAGCUAUAGCGCCCCGCCCUCUCCAGUAUUGAGGACUUCAUCUGUAGCUGAUGUACUUGCAGAUGAGGUUAAUGAUGAACAGCUAAAACUAAUAGACGAUGAAUUUUCUGUGAAUGAUGGUUUUGAAUUGGAUCGGCAUCCCCUUAACAAAUUAAACCUCGUGAACUCGAAUUUGCGGUUGAGUAGAAUCUAUGGCAUUGACUGUGACCAAAGAUUAGACUGGCCUGAACAUUCAUUAGAUGCAACCCCUCAAGCUGUCUCCUCUAAUUCUAAAUUGCGGAGAGUAGUCAGCAGUUCUGCUAGAAUAGGCUUCCAAUGCUUGGAGAAUCCUCUAAUAUUCCCUCCACAGAGUUUUUCUAUAAAUGGAAAUGGAUUGAAAAGGACAUUCUGUAGUUCUGGAAAUUUGAUCUCAGCCUGGAAGACGCCGCAAGACACUUCAGAAGUCCUGGACUCUCUUUCUGAUGUAUCUGACAUUUCUGUUGAAGAACAAGAUACUUUUCCAGAACUUAUGGAACAAGUUGACGACGAUCCAACAGAGAGCAUGAAAUCCUACCCGAAAUAUGUGAGAAUCGUCAGCAAGCAGAUGGUAGGAAUAUACGUGUCAGUUUGGGUGCGUAAGAGAUUAAGGAGACACGUUAACAAUUUGAAAGUAUCUCCAGUUGGAGUUGGUCUUAUGGGCUACAUGGGAAACAAGGGAUCUGUUUCUGUCAGCAUGUCUCUUUAUCAAUCGCGGUUAUGCUUUGUUUGUUCUCAUCUGACCUCUGGUCAGAAGGAUGGAGCAGAACUCAAGCGUAAUGCAGACGUAAAUGAAAUCAUAAGACGUACGCGUUUUUCAUCAAUGUUUGAUUCAGGACAGCCACAGACAAUACCAUCACACGAUCAAAUAUUCUGGUUUGGUGAUUUGAAUUAUCGUAUGAAUGCAUCGGACUCGGAUGUAAGGAGGCUUGUUGCUCAAAAAAACUGGGAGGAACUCAGCAACUAUGAUCAGCUUAUUAGAGAACUACGCACGGGACAUGUGUUCGAAGGAUGGAAAGAAGGGACAUUAGAUUUCCCACCAACCUAUAAAUACGAAUUCAACUCAGAUAGAUACAUUGGCGAAAUCCCAAGAGAAGGAGAGAAGAGAAGGUCUCCAGCAUGGUGUGAUCGUAUAUUAUGGAUGGGAAAAGGGAUUAAACAAAUGUGUUAUAAGAAUGCAGAUAUAAGGCUUUCAGAUCAUAGGCCAGUGAGUUCAGUGUUCCAAGUUGAAGUUGAAGUGUUGGAUCAUAGGAAAUUGCAAAGAGCUUUGAAUUUUACAAAUACUGCUGCUAUUCAUCCUGAGUUUUUUGCUGAUGAAAAUGGGGAGUAUGAUUUAGACUUCUAAAGCUAAUAUUAUUCACAAAGUUUACAUCAAUAAUCAAAAUGCUUUUUCUCUCUUACAUAUUCACAAGAAAAAUGUACUACAACAAAGUUGGAAAAAAAUUGUAAGAAACUCUGAUCACUUAUUAAGAUUCACAGUUUCUUAUUAAAAUCUUCUCAUAAUCAUCGUUCUGACUUGACAA